AUGGCCGAACCCGCGGAAACGAGUCGGACUCCACCUAAUCUAGAUCUGGAGACAGAAGAUGAACGGCUGGGAAGUGUACACAAUGAGACUACUUUACCCAGACUCAUAUUAAAUGGCGGGCCAGGACCAGCGGUGGACAUGACUGAGCAAUCGGACGGACAGCUUAAGGCUGGACUGACGCCUCCAAGCGCGACUCCCCGAGAGAGUUCGCCCGACAGGAACCCCCCGUUCUCACCCACGUCGAAAAUGGCUGGUGUCCUCAAGAGAGCCUUUCCGCCCACCGCUCAAACCACAAACACGGGGACAAACGAUCAAUCGUCAUGGGCCACGGAGCCUGGAGAAUCGGACAGUGCGGUGAAUGCCAAUGGUACGCCCACAGCAGGAAGAAAGAGCGUUCAGUUCUCGCGAGAUACACAAGAAAUCGAUGCCUUAACCAAUGGCCAGAGUACACCACCCGCCGGAAAAGACGAACCCUCCGAGCAGGACAAACCUCAAUCAUUAUAUGCUAGAUUACGUGCUCUUGCAACGUCUCAGGGCUUCGCGCAUGCACGCUCCCCCAGCAGUCUGUCCUUGGGUGGCCGCUCCACCGACGGUAAAGAACUCGACGGCUUUUUGUCCGGCCAAGCCAGCCGCAAUGAGGCUGGGCUUUCUGCUACCUUGGAAGAGGAUAGCGGUGCUGAAGCCGAUGCGGAUGCAGAAGAAAGUGCCACAGAAAACCCUAUGAUGCAGUCCAGCCCUCGGAAACGGCGGCGAAGAGGCCGUCGGUUCGAUGCUGUUGAGACUGCGCCAUCUUCGCCGCACAGUCCGAUGCGACAUGGCUCUUCGAGUCUGGUGCCAGGCCUGGGGGAGGAGGCAGAUAGGCCUCAUCUGAUGCCUCGCAGGGCUACCGACACCGAUAUGGCCCGUCAGGGACUGUCCGAGGAUGAAGGGCGCAAACAACUAGCCGGCGCAGGUGCCAGUGGCUGGACACGCCGUCAUCCCUUGCGUGGCUUGAGCUCCGGAGGGCAGAGGAGGCCCGGUGAUACCACGCCCGACGGUCAGAGACGGCCUUUGACACUGUUGGGGUUUUCAAAUGCCAACUCCUCGCGUGAAGUGGCUUCAGGUGACGCGCAGACUCCAAAGACACCGUCAAGGCGGAAGUUGAUGGCAGAGCGCGGAUCGACUCUGAGCGCAGCCAAGUGGAGACAACUCAAGAACAGUUUGCGCAUGUUGGGCCAAAGCAAGAAGAAAGAGCGGACGCCCGAUCAUGAAAAGUCAGCAGAGCUGUUGGCCGAACUUGCUGCCGGAACUCCAGCAGCGCUGAUGGUUGCCAGCAUGUUUCAAAGAGACGAACAUGACCAUCGACGAAUACCGGUCUUGCUCGAGCAACUCAAGUUGCAGAUUACUGACAGCGAGGUCGACAAGUCGAGAGAAUCGGAUGCCACCCAAGCGGACCGUCAUCUGGUCUUUCGAAUCGAGCUCGAAUAUGGAAAUGGGAUCAACCGGAUGAACUGGGUCGUGAAACGGUCGCUUCGUGACUUUGUCAACUUGCACCUCAAGUACAAGUUGCACUACAGCUCAGAGAAGUUGCUGGGCCGUGGAGACGCAAGCAAACAAAUGCCAAAGUUUCCCAAAAGUGCGUUUCCAUAUCUCAAGUCGUUCCGCGGAUUCGACGAGGAAGACGAAGACGAAGAGGACGAUCUGGCCAAUGACAAUGAUCCCGGCACUGCGACAGACAGCGAAAGACCAAUGCCGAGAUUCCUGCACCGUUCCUCAUUCACCCCCGGUCGGCGGAAGUCUAGUGCAGCCGGUGUGCCAGACACUCCGGGAGGCGGACGGCGAGACAUUCGCUUUGCCGAGCGGCAACGGAAGAAGCUGGAAACUUACAUACACAAGAUGACCAUGUUCCUGUUGUUCCGUCCGGAGAGCAACCGAUUGUGCAAGUUCCUGGAAGUGUCGGCCUUGGGCAUGCGCCUGGCUGCAGAAGGCAGCUAUCAUGGCAAGGAAGGGUUUCUCUUGAUCAGAUCUGCCAAAGGUCUCGAUUUUAGGAAAGCCUUGACCCCUCACAAUUUCACUCAUCGCCAUGCGCCGAAGUGGUUUCUCGUCAGACACAGUUACGUGGUCUGCAUCGACUCACCAGAAGAGAUGCACAUCUACGACGUGUUUUUGUUCGAUUCCGACUUUCGUAUCCAGUCCACGAAGGUCCGUCCGGGGGAGCAACGAGGUGCGAAAGAGCUGGCCGAAGCGGCAAGGGAGUCCGCGAAGCAUCCACAGCAUCAUCGGCUCAAAUUGGUCAACUCGGAAAGAAGACUGAAGCUUCUGGCCCGGAAUGAGAGACAGCUCCAUCAGUUUGAGGAAUCAAUAAGGCUGAUGCUGCAGAUCUCACCAUGGGUCAAGGAGCACAGGUUCGAGAGCUUUGCGCCAAUCAGGCCGAAUUGCUUUGCUCAAUGGCUUGUUGACGGCCGAGAUCAUAUGUGGCUUGUUUCACGGGCAUUGGAACAUGCCAGAGAUGUGAUUUACAUUCACGAUUGGUGGUUGAGUCCCGAGCUGUACAUGAGACGUCCACCUCAAGUUGCCCAGAAGUGGCGUCUAGAUCGAAUCCUCAAGAGGAAGGCCGAAGAAGGCGUCAAGAUCUUUGUGAUCGUCUACCGGAACAUCGAAUCGGCCGUUCCCAUCGACUCACAGUAUACCAAAUUCUCGCUGUUGGACCUACACCCGAACAUUUUUGUCCAACGAUCCCCUAAUCAAUUCCGCCAGAAUACAUUCUUUUGGGCGCAUCACGAAAAGCUGUGCAUUGUCGACCACACUUUGGCCUUUGUGGGUGGCAUAGAUCUGUGCUUUGGCAGAUGGGACACCCCCCAGCAUACACUUGUGGACGAUAAGCCGACUGGGUUUGAGCCGGACAGUGGUCCCAAGGAUGCCCAGCAUAACCAGCUGUGGCCUGGCAAAGACUACUCCAACCCCCGGGUGCAGGACUUCGUCGCGCUCAACAAACCCUAUGAGGAAAUGUAUGACCGGUUGCAAGUCCCUCGAAUGCCAUGGCAUGACAUUUCGAUGCACGUCGUCGGCCAACCCGCGCGUGACUUGACCAGGCAUUUUGUCCAGAGGUGGAACUACAUCUUGAGACAACGAAAACCCACCCGUCCGACGCCCUUCCUCUUGCCUCCCCCAGAUUUCAACCCGGCGGAAUUGGAGGCUCUUGGUCUGGAUGGUACUUGUGAAGUGCAGAUCCUUCGCUCCGCUGGACCGUGGUCGAUUGGGACUCCCGACAAAACGGAACACAGCAUUAUGAACGCGUAUGUCAAGCUGAUUGAAGAAUCCGAGCACUUUGUCUACAUUGAGAACCAAUUCUUCAUCUCCAGUUGUGAGACCGAGGGCGCCACUGUGCACAACAAGAUCAACGACGCCCUCGUGGAACGCAUCACUCGGGCGGCCAAGAAUGACGAGGCCUGGAGAGCGGUCAUUGUGAUCCCCUUGAUGCCAGGGUUCCAAAACACGGUCGAGCAGGAAGGUGGCACAAGUGUGCGUCUGAUCAUGCAGUAUCAGUAUCGGAGCAUUUGUCGGGGAGAGUCGUCCCUGUUCGGCCGCCUGAAGUCCGUUGGGAUAGAACCAGAGGACUAUAUCCAAUUCUACAGCUUACGUCAAUGGGGUAGAAUUGGCAAGAAGAAGUCACUGGUGACGGAACAGUUAUACAUCCAUGCCAAAUGUAUGGUGGUUGACGACCGAGCCGUCAUCAUCGGCUCGGCCAAUAUCAACGAGCGUUCAAUGCUGGGGAAUCGGGACUCGGAAUGCGCAGCUGUCGUUCGAGAUACAGACAUGGUUUGGUCCAGAAUGAAUGGCAAGCCUUAUCAGGUUGGCCGCUUCCCUCAUACGCUUCGGAUGCGGCUCAUGCGGGAACACCUGGGGCUGGACGUUGACUCAAUCACGGAAGAGACUCUGGCCAUGAAUGCGGAACGGGACAAGGCUCGAAAGGCAGGAAAAGCUGCUCGACCGAAACCGCCAGAUGAUGAAGUCAGCAAUAGCGAGUUUGGAGAAAUGGAUGAUGUGGUGGACUCCCAUGACGAACGAGCGAGAGAACUGCGUGAAGAACUGCUGCACCGUGUCGAAAACCUGAAAAGCUUCAAUCAUGAUGUAGAUUGGGAGCAGGAAGGCAACCCCAAUCUCAAGAGCGGCCGGAAAUUGACAGAAGAUGCCCGCGUCACUGGGAAUGCCCAACACAAACAGGACGUCGAGGGCCAUGGAUUCGACAAAAUGGCCGAUGUCGAGGCCGCCGGUCUGGGCGGAGCGCGAGACACCACGCUCGUCAACGGAGGCAAAGAGGUGUUGAUUUCCGCCAUCGAGCCUGAAGGUCAUACAACCUUGCAAAACCCGAGGAAGCGAGGGGAUGAAAAGCGUCUCCCAUCGUACGUGGUGAGUUUGGAGGCGCCCAACCCACCAUUGCCUCCAAGGCCCAGCGUGGAGCGGAUGAACACCGAACGACUCGGCCUGCCUCUGGUCUCACAAUUGCCUGCCCUUCCACAACUGGAUGAUUCGGAUAUUGGUGGACCGCCACUUGCGAAGAGCGCGUCCAGAGACCCAGCCAAUGCUCAUCAUCCGUUGGUGAACGAGCUGAAGCGGCCGCUGGUUGAUCGGGACUGCAUGACAGACCCGGUCCACGACGCUUUCUUGUAUGAUACCUGGCACGCGGUGGCGGAAAACAACACCAAGAUCUAUCGCAAUGUCUUCCGCUGUAUGCCAGACAACCAAGUCCGGAACUGGGAUGAUUACCACCAGUAUGUGGCGUAUCAACAACGGUUCAACCAGCAACAAGGCACCGACGUUCCACAAGAAGAAAAAGUCUCUCACCCGGCUCGAUCGGCGUCGGCCUCGAAGAGUGGGCCUCCAGGAGCCGGGAUACACGCACCCGCUGCGCAGCUCAAAGCCUUGACUCAAAUUCCCGGCGACCUGGAGAAAGGCACGACGGAUAUCAAGGACAAGGUCAAAGGGGCGUUUGGGGCAGACACCAAGGCCGAAAAAGUGGAUGCCGAAAAAGCACAACUGCGUACCUGGGCUACUGGAGCCAAUGAAGCGCAAGCCGAGAGAGAGGAGAUGCCGACUCUGCACCGACAAGAAACUCUGACGGAAGAAAAGGCUGGCUUACCAACCGUCCCUGAAGGUCCGACCGUCGGCGAGGAAGGCAGCGGCGAGGGCGAAGACGACGACGACAGCACCGAACCUACCGACAGCGCCCCCAGUACGGCCACGGCAGUCGAGAAGGAGAAGUCGACUACGGCCAACGGAAGCCCCCCUACGGCGGCCGCGCCUUUUGUCGGCUAUUCCGAUGCAAUCAACCAGAAUUCCGCCCAAGCUGCCGCCGUGCCGGGCGGUGGUGCCCCUGCUGUCCGCAGACGUCGCAGAGGAACCACCCGGUCCGGCCGACGCGAAUUCAAUGCCAGCGACGACAUCCUCAGCACCGAGGAGGCCGAGGAGCUGUUGAACUGUGUGCAGGGCCAUCUUGUCGUUUGGCCUUAUGAUUGGUAA